AUGGAGAAGUUGUAUUAUUUUCUGCCAUCAGUGCUUAAAAACUGGCUAACAACGCCAGACAGUGAUGAAGAGGAAGAAGUUGCAGCCGGAGCAACAGAAGAGGAAGAAGUUGCGGAGCAGGAUGAAGUUGCGUCUGCAGCAACCGAGCAGGAAGAUGCUGCGCCUGCAGCAACCGAGCAGGAAGAUGCUGCGCCUGGAGCAACGGAGCAGGAAGAUGCUGCGCCUGGAGCAACGGAGCAGGAAGAUGCUGCGCCUGGAGCAACGGAGCAGGAAGAUGCUGUGUCUGGAGCAGCGGAGCAGGAAGAAGUUGCGCCUGGAGCAAUGGAGCAGGAAGAAGUUGGAUCUGGAACAACGGAGCAGGGAGAUGCUGCGACCGAAUUACCAAAACAGGAAGAAGUUGAGAGAGACUUCCAUGAGAACAUCUGUGGUAAAAUGCAGCAAGUGAAACUCUGCGUUUUGACGAACAAAGAAACCCGUUUGAAAGGGCAGACCCUUGCCAGGCAGCUCUACCACCAGGAGGAGUUCAGAUGUCCGAAGACUAUCCGGGAGCUGAGUGAGGAUCUGGAAUUAGCCGAGGUAACAGUGAAAGCGUACGUGACGUACUUUAAGUUUGGGUCGAUGUCUCUGAACGAGGCUCUCCGAACAUUCCUCAAAGUGCUUUGGCCAGAGGAUGAACUCGAGAUUCAGCAUCUCCUUAUAACACACUUCUCUCAUUGGUACCUUAUGUGUACUGGACAACCGCUCGGCUUACAGACUGCAGUGUACAACCUGAGUUGGGCCAUGAUCAUACUGAAUGCUGAUCUUAAUGGCAGUCACAAAGGGAGGAAAAUGACUUGUGAAGAAUUUCUAGCAAACCUCAGUAGUGCGAGUUGCGACUUUCAGUAUCCUCUGAAACAUUUGAAGAACAUCUAUAAAUCGAUCAAAACGAAGCCGCUUAAAGCGUUCAGAGUUAAAACUAGAUGUCGGUCUGUGGGCAGAAAGGAAACAUCGAUACCAGAGGAUUCUGGCUGUAAGUCAUCAUUUGGGACUGACAACAACCCUACCACUACUGUCCACAAAACAGGAAAUCUCAUCUGCAAAAGAGUUACAGAUGAGAACGGGAGAAAAACCAAAAAGUGCCAGAGAGCAUGGAAGCCGUUUACUGCAGUUCUAAAAGGCAUGGUUCUGCAUUUACAAAAAGACACAUCUGACUUGUGCGAGGCAGACAACAAGAAUGCCAUUAGACUGCAUCAUGCCAUGGCAUACCCUGUAGAUUACAAAAAGAGGCCCCAUGUGCUGUGCCUCAAGACCGCACACUCCAGAUUCUUCUACUUCCAGGCCGAGAGUGAAGUAGAGCAGACAUCAUGGGUUGCGAUCAUUAACCGCAUCGCCGCCCGUUACUCUGCUCCUCCACUCACUUCUGCUUCACACAGCAUCAAGACACAUCACCCUCAGGUCCUACCUUCAUUCCCCACCACUCUGUCUCUAGAGCAGCAGCUCGAGUACCACAAGGACCAGUUACAGAGGGUUUCAGAACAUAUAGAUUACUAUCUGACAUUGCCUCUUUGGGAUGGUACUUUAUCUUUAGCUUAUAUGGAGCAGGAGGUGAAGCGCUACACAACGUAUGUGAGAGCGUUACAGGAGCUUGCUGCAGAAGAAGAUGCGGGAGAAGGAAAACUCAGUGGAACUCGCAAGAAGAGGAAGACUCCUCAGGUCCCUUUACUGACGGCCUGGGAUGAUGCCUACAACAACCCUCUGAGUCAUUUACAGACCGCCAAGUUGGGAGCCAUUGAGCAACGGUGGGCUUCACAGCUGGCCUUGUUCAAUUUUACCAUCAAGUAUCACCCAGGGAAGAACAAUCAAAAUGCUGAUGAUUUAUCCCGGCAGUACCUGGAGCAUUUUGCCUUUGGGACAGAGGUUCCGCCAUUGGGGAUAUUGGCUACUGGCCAUGAUCAGCUGGCUGCCACAGUGUGGAGAGGUCGUGGCAUUUCCAUCAAGCUCACCUCAGGAUCUGAGCCUUCUACAGGAUGCUGA